ACGAUAUGAUAAUGUCCUCAAAAGUGGUGUCUCCACCCAAGCAGUGCUCUCCGGCUAAGUUCAUAGACCUCACCUCUGAGCCCGACUCACCUAAUACCAACCCCACGACAAACAGAUUGGAACCCAAUGCUUUUGGCUCUGAUGCGGACCUCGGAGCGGCGAAACGAAAGUUUUUCGCGGCCUUGGGAAUUGAUUCCUCCACCAGCUCCAAUCCUGGAUCGUCUGCCGCAGCACAUGACUUCCAACCGGCAAAGCGGAUGCGCAUUGAGACUUAUCCAAGUAUGAAUAGCUUUAAUGACUCUCUUCCACCAAUAUUCACCGGCAAUCAUUUACAAGAUGCCGCCCCUUCGGCGGCAAACAGUCUUCCGUCUGUACCUGUAAGUCACACCUCACAUCCUAUAUUGUGACCCUUCCGCGGCUAAUACAUAAAGCAGCCUCAACCACAUAAAUCGCUCAUAGAUGGACUCGACGUACUUAGACGAAAAUACCCUCUUGACAGGUUUGAGGCUACCAUGAAACAUUCAGCAGUAGAUAGCGAUACCAGAAUGCCUUGUCCCUCGGGGAGUAAAGUGCCAGGUAAUUGAGUCAUUCAAGCAUAGGCUUUGAGCAAGUGCUAACCUUUUUAGAUAACACGGAGUUCAUGUAUUUUCCUCGAAUUCGUUGCCAGGGCUGUCCAGGGAAGCUCUACACACCGGGCCCCGAGGAAACCGUGGAUAACUUCGAGGUACAUCUUAAGAACCGGCAGCAUAGAGAAAGAGUCGACGCGAGGAGAUUCCGUGCGAAAAGGUGAUGAACUAUGGCUGGUUCGUGGCUAUGUUCGUGGCUAUGUCUUGGCUUGAUUUUGCUAGAUUGUUGGCGUACAGGUUUUAACGUCCAACCCUUUUUCGAUUCUUCAAGUGCCUCUAUAAUGAUACCACAAUAAAGCUUUCGCGGACUAGAACCUUGUAAACUUUCACUAUGUUAUAGAUGUAAUCUUACC